CGGAGGGUGCGGAACUGAAGCAAAUGGUGAUGAGCCUGCGGGUGUCGGAGCUGCAGGUGCUGCUGGGCUACGCCGGGCGCAACAAGCACGGACGCAAACACGAGCUGCUGACCAAGGCGCUGUACCUGCUGAAGGCCGGCUGCAGCCCCGCCGUGCACAUGAAGAUCAAAGAGCUCUACAGACGGCGCUUUCCUGCCAAGAUGGUGUCCCACUCCGAGCUGGCCCUGCCCGGACCGCACCACCCGGCCACGGCUGGGAUGGUCGGCGGAGGUGGCGCCGCGCUGCCCUCCGGCCUGACCCAGCUGGCGUACGAAGGUCACGCGGGUCACGGUGGAGCCCCCUCACCCGCCGCCCUGCUGCCCCUCUCUCUGCUCGGCCCAGGGAAACACGAGCUGACCGGACUGACGCAUCAUCUACCGGCCUCGGCCACGCUGCACCCGGUGCAUCCGGACGUGAAGCUCCAGAGGCUUCCCUUCUACGACAUGCUGGACGAGCUCAUCAAGCCCACGAGUCUAGGUGAGGAGACAUCUUCAGACAACAGCCAGCGGUUUCAGGAGACAUGUUUCGCCUUCGCAUUAACACCACAGCAAGUCCAGCAGAUCAGCAGCUCCAUGGACAUCUCGGGGACCAAAUGUGAUUUCUCAGUUCAAGUUCAGUUGCGGUUUUGCCUGUCGGAGACGAGCUGUCCUCAGGAAGACCACUUUCCACCCAACCUCUGCGUGAAAGUCAACGGGAAGCCAUGUAACCUGCCGGGUUAUCUUCCUCCAACCAAAAACGGUGUCGAGCCCAAGCGGCCCAGCCGGGCCAUCAACAUUACCUCACUGGUCAGAUUGUCCACCACUGUCCCCAAUACCAUCGUGGUGUCGUGGACCGCGGAAAUCGGAAGGAGUUACUCCAUGGCAGUGUACCUGGUGAAGCAGCAGUCGUCCACAGCGUUGUUGCAGAGACUACGGGCGAAAGGCAUCAGAAACCCAGACCACUCCAGAGCGCUCAUCAAAGAGAAGCUAACAGCCGACCCAGACAGUGAAAUAGCCACGACCAGCCUUCGAGUGUCGCUGCUCUGCCCGCUGGGGAAGAUGCGGCUGAUGAUCCCAUGCCGGGCGCUGACAUGCUCCCACCUGCAGUGCUUCGACGCCACGCUCUACAUCCAGAUGAACGAGAAGAAGCCCACCUGGGUUUGUCCUGUGUGCGACAAGAAGGGUCCGUACGAACACCUCAUCAUCGACGGGCUUUUCGUGGAGAUCCUCAACAGCUGCUUGGACUGUGAUGAGAUCCAGUUUAAAGAGGAUGGCAGCUGGGCCCCCAUGAGGUCAAAGAAGGAAGUGCAGGAGGUGUCGUCUGGUUCUUACAACGGCGUGGAUGGUUCGUGCCGGACGUCCUCGGGAUCAGAUCAGCGGAGUUCCUCGUCCUCCAGCCACGGCGACGGCGGCAGAAACUGCAAGAAAGUGGAAGUGAUCGAUUUGACCCUGGACAGCUCCUCAGAUGAGGAAGAGCAGGAUUCGUCGUCGCCGCCCCCCCCGCCCCCUCCGGCCAAAAGACCGUGUCCCUCCAUGUCUCCGCCCUCGCCGCCCCUCAGCACCAAAGGAGUGUUAAACCUGCACCACCAGGCCUCUCCGGUGAGCUGCACCCCCACUAUGCCAGCGAUGGACACGAGCUACAUCCCUCCUGUGCCCCCCCUUAUCCAGGAUUACAGACCCUACUACCACCAACCCAACGACCUCUCAGAGUUGAACUUCUUCUCUUUUCUUCAAGGGGACAAUCAUCAGCAUUACAACAUGGUGAUGGCAGCAGCGGCCGCCGCCUCGGCCUCGGACGACCACGAGCUGCUGCUCAACCGCUUCCUGCCCUACAGCACCACCUCCUCCUCCGCCUCCCAGCUGUUCCUCGACCAAUCGGGCGCCUCGUCGGCCACAUCGCUGACCGCGCCCACCAACGGGGCGAGCAGCUCGGGCAGCAGCAGCAGCCUGGUGUCGUCCAGCAGCCUCCGGGACUCGCACUCCACGCACUCGUCCUCGCACUCGGGCUCGCACUCGUCACACACGCACCCCGGAGUGGGCGGGGCCGGGCGGAGCAGCGCCGAAGCAGCGGUGGCGGCGAUCUACGGCGGAAUCCCCGACGUGAUAUCGCUGGACUGACUGAGAGAGAGUCGAGGGAACACGUUGGGUCCGGAUACGAUCCUGUAACCAACCACAUCACAGACAGCUGGACUGCAGGGGGGGGGGACGCUUUGAUCCAGGAACUAGACUGGACCCCCCUUCUCCCCCCCAUGAGUCAUCAAACUCGUGAUGAUGACGAGGCGGCGCGACGAAGAGCACUAAUGUAAUGAGUGGGUGGUCUGGGGGGGGGGCGU